UGAGAACAGUCUUCACUAGGCAAGGUUGAGAGACUGGAUAUCUAUACCAACGGAGGCUGCAGGAAAUUGCAAGACUUGGUCAUACAAACCCACCUGUUGGAAUAAGUAUGGGAUUUCUAGUGAGUCUGUGUGUUUUCCUAGUCUUCACAUAUUCCCCGUGCACUGCCAGAUACACUUCGUCUGAAACAGAAUUGCAAGUUGGAAGUGGGGAUGGUGAAAGUGCCACUAUGUCCUCUCCCACUGAAAGCUAUGAGAUUGUUGGUUUUACAACAGAAAGCUCGGAAAACAGUUCCAAUGGAACGUCUACACAUUUGAACAUCCUUAGCAGCAUAACAAAGUUUCUAAAAGAAUAUAUGUUGCUUGUCAUUGUAGUGGGAUCUUUGGCUAUCCUGCUGAUAUUCAUAGUCUGUGCUGCAGUAAUUAUGAGCCACAGGCAUAAGGCCUCUGCCUACUACCCUUCAUCCUUCUCUCAGAAGGAAUAUGUCAACCAUGAUGACAAGUCUGGUGGAGUCAAGUCCUUUAGUGAGAUCCCUGAAAAAGCUCAAGAUGCUCAGAUAGAAGAAGUAGUGGAUUCAACCAAACAACUCCAGGCCGACAUCCUAAAUGCUGCCCAGAACCUCAAAUCACCAACAAAAGGUACUAGUAUUAAAGAUGACCAGAAAACGCAGGAUGAGCCUGUAGUGGCUCAGGAAGCAACUCCUGAUACUGAUCAGAGAGCUGCGGAAGAAACCACCACUGGUCAUGCUCAAGAAGAAAUUCCAACUGAGAAAGUGGAGGAAGUACCUGCUGAGCAGGUAGAGGAAAGCAAGCCAGCAAAUGAUUCCCAGGAAUCUUCUUUAGAAGCAGACAAGCCACAGGUCCAGGAAGAGGUUGGUCAAAGUGCAGAAGAGACAAAGCCCAUGUCCUGUGAUGGCAACCCAUCCUAUAACAACUCCUCUGAAGAACAAGAGUCACAGCAAAUAUCAGAUGAAGGUGGUGUUUAAUAUUCUAAAGCAUAAACUUGAAAGUGAGAACUACUGCUCUUCAAAACACAUAGAACAGUUGUGGAGCUAUGCAUUAGCCUUUAUUUUUGCCACGUAGACAAUAAACUUACAAUGCCAGCAAGAGGUACUGUUUUACAUAUUUUACUUGAAAGAAAACGGCCUGUGAUGAUAAAAAGCACCAAUUCAACCACUGAAGAACCUGGCUGCCAAAUAUUUGUUUCUACUUAAAUUAUACUGGAACAAAAGUGAAAACAUAACUGAUUGUGUACAGACUGCUGUGGCAAUUUUGUCUGUAUGGUCCACUGCAAGACCUCUUGCAGAAUUGAGAGUUUAAUAGGCCAGAUUUUGAAUUUAAAAGAUUUAUUUUGUAUGUAUUCAUUUCUGUGACACUCAUUAAUCCAAAUAAGGUACACUUAUAUAAACAUGUAUAAAAAUUUAAAUGUAGCAAAUUCAUUGUGUAUGUAUUAUACAUUUGACUAAGUAUUAUGAGAAGUAAUAGGUAUAGCUGGCAGAUAAGUAGGUUUUUUGGGGUGU